AUGUCGGCGCUUGAAUGGUACGCCCACAAAUCCCUGGGCGACGGCAUCUUCUGGAUUCAGGAACGCUUCUACGAGUCUGGCAACCGCGCCAACAUCUGGCUAGUGCGUGGCUCGGAGCAGGACGUGGUGAUUGACACAGGCUUGGGUCUACGCAGUCUACCUGAGUAUCUGUACUCCUCCGGCCUCCUGCAGGACCAUGGAGCCAAGGAGGAUGCGGAACGGCGGCCGCUGCUGGCGGUGGCCACCCACGUGCACUUCGACCACUCCGGGGGCCUUUACCAAUUCGACCGGGUAGCUGUGCACCACGCUGAGGCCGAAGCUCUAGCUCGCGGGGACAACUUUGAGACGGUGACCUGGCUAUCCGAUAGCGAGGUGGUGCGAGCGCCCAGUCCUGGCUGGAGGGCCAGGCAGUUCCGAGUGCAAGCGGUGCAGCCCACCCUCAUACUGCAGGAUGGAGAUGUGAUCAACCUUGGUGACAGACAGCUUACUGUUAUGCACAUGCCAGGACACUCCAGGGGCAGUAUUUGCUUACAUGACAAAGACCGAAAGAUUCUCUUCAGUGGAGACGUCCUAUAUGAUGGAUCACUGAUUGACUGGCUUCCGUACAGCAGAAUAAGUGACUAUGUUGGAACCUGUGAACGUCUGAUAGAAUUAGUGGACAGAGGUCUGGUAGAGAAGGUGCUCCCUGGUCACUUUAAUACCUUUGGUGCUGAAAGGCUUUUUCGAUUGGCUUCCAACUAUAUUUCAAAAGCUGGUAUAUGUCACAGAGUCUCUACUUUUGCCAUGCGAUCUCUUGCAAGUUUAGCCCUUCGUGUAGCAAAUUCUAGAUCCUCACCCUAG